UCCAUAUCUUCGUAUGAUGUCAAAUUGUGUAGUGAUAUCGAAAGUAUUUUGCAUAUAUAAAAACAUCUACAUUUGCAUAAGUAACUGAUAACAAUGAAUUUUAUUAUAUUAAAUUAACUUCUUACAAUACUAUUCUACACUGCUGCAAUUCUUCUCAAUGAUAAGCAUUUCAAACGUUCUAGUUCUGAACAUAUUUCUUUUUCGACGAUUAUCCGAAAAAGUUCCUAAAAAAUUGUCAUUAUAUGUGGAUCAGCAUUUAGCAUUUAACUUGAUUGGUCAUUGAGAAUCAGAGCUAAGAAAAAUAUGUCUUUCAAAAAGUAAAUAAUUUACUUCUAAGCCGAUCCAUUCCAUAAUCGAAGUAAGACGCUAGUAUAUUUGUAAGAUCAUGUCACUUUUGAGUGUAUUGAAAAGUUUGUGAUAGUGAAAUACGUUUAGAAAGGUUAUACAAAUUUUUCUUUUAUAUUGGAAAUGAUUGAUUUAAUUUCAUCGAGAGAUAACGUUUUCGUGUGGAGUGCAGAAGACUGGUUAAAACUUAGAAAAGAUUAUAGAAUAGUUGGUGAUUUAAUAGGUUGCCUUCCAAAAAAACCUAGGCAAGAUGUACUUUUAGGUCUUCCAUUGCUCCUACAACCAGAAGAAGUAUCUCUUCUACUUGAAAAAAAUAUUGUACGACUUGUACAGUAUCCAUGCUUUCAAAAACCACCAACUGAUUCAUUGAAACAAUCUUUUGAAGAAUAUAGGAAUAAGUUGUAUAUAGAACAAGAAGAAUGUUUAAGAAAAGAAAGAAAAAAACAGGUAAUUGGAGUGAUGGACAAAAUUAUAGAAGGAAAGAAACGGAAGAUACUUGGUAUAGAAACAAGAAAAAAAAAGGCAAAGAAAACAUUAGAUCCAAAAGUACAAGAAGCUCUUAAUAAUAUUGAGAUAAAUAGACAAGAUUUAUUAGAAGAAGAAAUGGCAAAAUUACCUAAACUAGAUAAAAGUGAUGCUCUAGUUCAAACUCAUACAGUAUACCCAUGGGUGGAUAAUGUUGAAGUAAUUGAAUGGAAAUACCCCUCCAAUAAUAGAGAAAAACUUCGAUAUAAAACAUAUAAAGAUCUAUGGGAAAGAGGAUAUUAUGUAACAAGUGGAGGAAAAUUUGGUGGAGAUUUUUUAGCAUAUCCUGGAGAUCCCAUUAUGUUUCAUUCUCAAUUUAUAGUUCAAUGCAAGGACAGAAAUGAAGAAAUUCCAAUAAUUGAACUGGCAGCUCAAUGUCGUAUUGCAUGCCAUGUUCGAAAGACACGUGUUUACGCAUUCUUUUCUGAAGAUCAAAAUAGUAUAACGUAUCAAUCGUUUCAAUGGGCAGAAAGUAAUAUACUCGAAAAUGGUUAAUGGCUUGUUAUAUACUAUCGAUUUUGGAAGGGGAAUAAACUGAGAAAUGUACUAUUUUCCUACUGUCAUCAAUUUGUACUUUUAAUUUAUAAAUGAAACGAAAGUAUAACUACAAUAUUUUAUCUACACAGUAUCAAUUAAAAUAAAUCUGUCAUGCAUUGGUUCAGGAAUAACAUUAAAA